CUCCCCCUCUGCCCUCUGCUCUUCUUUCUUCAUUACUUGUAACAUCUGUUUGCAUUCCUUCUUCUCAGUUUAAUUACGCGUUUUUGAAACGGGUGGUUCGAACUCGAUCAAACUUCCACACUGGUUAUCUUUGCCACUUGAGGAGAAGAUGGAAUACGAGAACUGCUACAGAUUAGCUCAGAGCCCAAAGUAUGACUGCCUUCUGUUUGAUCUUGAUGAUACCCUUUACCCUCUUAGUUCUGGAAUUGCAAGAGAAUGUGGAAAGAACAUUAAGGAUUACAUGGUUGAAAAGCUUGGCAUAGACAAGGACAAAAUCACUGAAUUGUCUGAUCUGUUGUACAAAAACUAUGGGACAACAAUGGCUGGCCUUAGGGCAAUUGGCUAUGACUUUGAUUAUGAUGAGUACCAUAGUUUUGUUCAUGGAAGAUUACCAUAUGAUAACUUAAAACCUGAUCCUGUUUUGAGAAGUCUGUUGCUCAGUCUGCCUUUCCGAAAAGUUAUUUUCACAAAUGCAGACGCGAAGCAUGCAGAAAAUGCUAUUAGCAAGCUGGGGCUAAAUGGCUGUUUUGAAGGGAUCAUCUGCUUUGAGACUCUGAAUCCUACUCACAGAAGCAAUGCUUCUGAUGACGAAGACGACAUUGAGUUUGUGGGAUCAGCUGCUGCUGCUACCUCUCCUGCCAAUUCAACUGAUGUUCAUAAUAUCUCCAAAAUCUUUGACAUUGUUGCGCAUUUUGCUCAACCGAACCCUGGUGUGUCAUUACCUAAGACACCCAUUGUUUGCAAGCCAUCAGAAGCUGCCAUAGAACGUGCUCUCAAGAUAGCUAACAUCAACCCCCAGAGAACAUUGUUCUUUGAUGAUAGUGUCCGUAACAUACAGGCUGGAAAACGCGUAGGCCUUCACACGGUUCGGGUUGGUACUUCCCAGAGAGUCAAAGGUGCAGAUUAUGCAUUAGAAAGCAUCCACAACAUCAAGGAAGCGUUACCAGAGCUCUGGGAGACUGAUAGGAAGUCAGGAGUUGGUUAUUCUGGCCAGGUUCCGGUGGAGACAUCUGUGACAGCUUAGAUUCUAUGUACUAGUACUAAUGCAAGAAAAUCAAUCAGAUGUCUUGAGACUCAUUAUCCCAUCAAUGCAGAUUUCUUUUUCUUCCUAGCAUUGUUAUAUAUAUGUGAAUAUAAAAAUAAAAAAUUCAGCCUUUU